AUGUUCUUCAUUAUACCCUGUAUUGAUUCUUACCAGAAAGUUGAUUUGCGAGUGGUGUCAUUUGAUGUACCCCCACAAGAGGUAACAAGAAUAUAAGUGCAACUAAUAUGUUAUUAUAAUAAUGUAGUUAACCAUUUGAAAUGAAGCUUAUGUUCAAGCACUUGGCAACCUGCUCCCAUUGCUGUAGUGAUACCCUGGGAACUGAAAAGUGCUAUCCAUAAUAGGGAGUGUCUGUAAAAGACAGUGUAAGACUUGGGAUAAGAAAUUUUCUUCAAAACAUUUGCCUCAGAUGGGUAUAAACAUGCAUUGAUUUUUACAGUGACGUUAGUACCAGUUUAGAGCAUUGAACGUCACAAAUCGACAACAAUUUUCGCUGGUCUAUAUUCUCAUCGUCCAAAGAAAUGACAUUAAAAAAAAAAUUUCAAAACUCAAAUGGAACCACAAGCCACAGGUGAGUGGCUUCACUGCAAAGUGUAGAAUUGGUGGCCAUUAAUAUUAUUGUUUUUUACAAUAACAUUUGCUUUUUUCACCUCCAUUUUAAUCAUUUUCACAAUAAUAUUGAGGAGUUUGUUUAAAUCAAACAUAUGUACUUUAAUAGUAGCUGUUGUCAAUAUUAAGAGAAAGUUCAUAAUAGGAAGGUGUCCUCAAAGCGAGAGUUAAGUGGUAAAUAAGGGAUUGCAACCCCCAGGGGAGUACUCCAUAUAAUAGCCUGUACAGGGAGGCCCCACCCAAAAGGUGUACCUGUUUAAGGCUUCAGGUAUAAAUCAUGAAAGGGUAGGGAAAACUAUUAUUUUGGGCUUUCAGAAGCCGAUUAUCAGCUUGGGGCUCUUUAAAAGGCCCAAAAGGGCUAACAGUAGUAUCAUGUGAUGUAUAGUUAUUUAUUAUAAAAUUAUGGAGGAGAGUGUUUUACAUUAUUUAAACCAGUCUAAAGGGAUGAAAAAUUCAUCCGGGAAACAAGGUAUUGGAAAGAGGUCACCAUUUGUCAAUAUCAUUCAAUGAUGUCACGAUUCCGCCUUUUGCUUUUGUUGAAUUGGUUUCUCCAUAUAAUAAAGGGUAAGGGUGGCUCACCGUGAGAUAUUGUUCUUGUCAACAUAAAAUUCAUGUAAUAUCCUCAAAAUUCUUAAUUGUUUUAUCUUUUCGUUUUGGAGGGCAGUUUUUAUAUGGGAAUUCAGUUUCCCCCUAUUGCUUUCCUUUACCUAUUGUACUUUUAUACAUGUAUAUACAUUUUUAUUUUGUACAUUGGUAAAAAGAAUUAUUAAACUUAAACUUAAACUUAAACUAAAACAGAGUAAGGGGUAGGACCUUGGGGUGGAGCCUUCCUGUAUAAAACUGUGAGGGGUACCCCACCCCACCCCACUCCAUGGGGUUGCACCCUCAGAAACAGGACUGAAACCCGUCUCAGAGACUUAAGUUAUUAAUGCUGCUCCCUGCUCGUGCUACAGCCUAUUUUAUUACUUUUGUUACCAAAUGAAAAGUCCUUCUUACGGCCUCUGUUGUGUAAUUCAUCCACAGGUUUUGACAAAAGACAGUGUGACUGUUGCAGUAGAUGCAGUGGUGUACUUCAGAAUAUAUAAUGCCACCAUGUCAAUCACAAAUGUGGAGAAUGCAAAUCGCUCCACUCGUCUCUUGGCACAAACCACCCUGAGAAAUGUUUUGGGAACCAAAAACUUAAGUGAGAUCUUGGGAGAUAGAGAAACCAUAAGUGAGACAAUGCAGGUACAUAAGUUAUCUCUAUACCAUUUUUCAAAUUUCAAUCAAGUAAAAGGGUUUACCUUAGUGAAAGAACCUGUGACCUGAACUUUGUUUUGCGCCUUUUAUUUCCCUAGGUUCUGUUGUGUUGACUUCUUUGUUUCAAUCAUUUGUUUACGUCACCCAUGAGUUUUACUUGCUCUCACACUUAGGAUUACAACAGCAACAACCACAAUCUUUUAUUCCCUAUCAACGCAUCUACAGUUUCUCUUCAUUUAAAAAAAGAAAAACAGUAUAAAGCCGUAAUGAGGGAAAUUACGAGCUAAUUUCUUACAUGAGGAUAUGAAAGUAGCAACUUGACAGGACCUAAAAGACAAAUGCCAAAUUAACGCUUGAUGAAAUUAACGCGAACGUUUCCAGUAAUUAACUUGACUUAAAUUGACACGAAGUCGCGUUAAUUAUGGGAAACGUUAAUUUCCACACCGUUAGUUAAGAAGAGCGUUAAUUUCCGCGACCUUUUUUCUAUCAUUUGGACCCCAAAUUCUCGAUACACUUCUCACAUUCUUGAUACUUGAGAAAGAGGAGCUUUUUAUCAGGGUGGAGAUCCGCCAGUAACAGUGAAACUGUGAAGAACCCUCGAAAUGGCCAGAUUUCUUAGCUUGACCCCCUUCGAACAUUUAGGGAAAGAACCACGAACAAAGUUUCCAUUUCGGAUAUACGUUCCUGUUGUCUCGACAAGUGUGAGAAUUUCCUUUCUUAGCUCUUUCUUACCUCUUUUACAAGCUCAACAAACUAGAAAACCUAGUUUGAAAUUUUACCCUCUCUUUCGCGUUAAAUUCCCUCAUUUCAUGGAGCGUUAAUUUGCUAUAAUAAGGUAUAAAUGAACGGUAUAGUGUUAUCCAUCUUGACAAGAUGGCAUGAAGGCAUAAGUAGUGUCAGACUUAUACAAUACAAAUACCCACCAAACCUGUGCACAAUUAUUUACAGACAUCACUGGAUGAAGCUACUGAUUCUUGGGGAGUGAAGGUCGAACGUGUAGAAGUGUAAGUUUAUAUAUUAGUAGAAAUAGUUUUAGUUUUGAUUUCCACUGCAACUAUAGCCUGUUCCAGGCUCCGAGAUAAUAGUGAAAAGUCGUUCAGUGAAAAGAAAUGCGAAAAACGCGCGGGGGUGUCGCCUUUUCUCGCGUGGGGUGAUUUUUACGCGCGCUCGCGUUUCGCUCGCUCUGCUAUCCUUGAGGAAAAAUGGGGGACUACUUGUAGUCUAUAUACUAUCUGAGAGCCUGGCACAGGCUACUGCAACUAAAGUAACUCCCUAAUCUGAGUAGCUACUAGCAGCUCUCAUUAUAGCAUUAAUGGGACAAUACAUGUAAUCCUGUCUGCUGUAGUACUUCUUUUUUUCCCACUUGUAGGCAAAACAAAGAUAAAGAUUACGAUAAAUUAUACUGUCAAAUUAAAUUAAAUUAAGCAAUUAAACGUUGUAGGCCUUUUGUUAAUCGAAACACGCUGGAGUCCGUUUUCAAUGCCUUAGUUCAACCGUACUUUAAUUACUGCAGCGAGGUCUGGGGGCAUUGUAACAAAAGUCUUUCGAAUAAGCUCCAAAAGUUGCAAAACCGGGCUGCCCGUAUUCUAACCUUCUCCAGUUAUGACACAAGCGCUGAUCCUCUUCUUGAGCAACUCAACUGGAAACGGUUGGAUACUCAGCGACAAAUACAAGUGGCCACCAUGGUCUAUAAAUCUAUACAUGGUCUUGCGCCCGACUAUCUUGGUUCUCUUUUCACUAAAUAUAAUCCACCUUAUAAUUUAAGGAACUCUGAAAACAAACUAGCUGUUCCAUUGCCCCGCACCAAUUUCUUGAAAAAUAGCUUUAGCUAUAAUGGUGCGGUUAUCUGGAACAGCUUGUCCCCUGAAUUGCGGCAAGCAAAAUCACUUAAAUCUUUUCGAAAUGGUUGUCGCGAUUUCUUUGACUGAAUCGAUAAAACGCACACGGCAUCUAUGUAAAGCAGAAUUUCUUUAUUUUCUCUAUUUUUACUAUUUAAAUUUUUAGAUCAUGUUUAUAUAGAUUAAAGUAGAUUGUAAUUUUUUUUCAUUAUUUUUAUUUUAUCUGAUAGAUUUACCGUGUUUAAAUAAAAAGAAAGUUCAAGUUCAAGUUCAAAUUUUAUUUUAGUCAUUUAUUAACUUGCAAAAUCUAUUGACAUAGUCCCAAGCUCCGACAACCAAUAACAGAACUUUGUGUUCUUCAAUUCAGUCUAAAACAAUAGUUGCAGCUUUUACACUUUAUACAAUGCAAGUUUUUAAGAGAACUCUUAUUCAAAUGAUGUUCUUUGUUUUGUGUUUAGGAAGGAUGUUCGUCUUCCUCAACAGCUGCAGCGAGCCAUGGCAGCUGAAGCGGAAGCAUCCCGAGAGGCUCGUGCAAAGGUGCUAUAAUUAUUCUCAGUUACUUUGUCUUCAAAGAUAUUUUGAGGUGUUUGAAUGAGUUUCCCAACAUAAACCUUUGAAUUCCUGUUUAAUACGGCUUGAUCAACUUUAAACGGCGUUUGCCGGCGUAAGUUCCAUGGAAAAGGCUGUAAAUGAAGUCGCAGUAUUGUAAGCCGAAGUCCUAUUUACUAUCCUUUCUUUUUUUCUUCGUCGUCGUUUUGUUUUCUUCUUAUUUAAAAUAAACAUAUUUUCUUUUCCCUGUUGGCUUCUUUCCCUUUCUUUCUACUUCUGGCCCGAGUCUGCUUUGCGAGGCUCUGCAAUUCACGUAUUUUUAGUUGUUCUCAAUUAUUUUGUCUUCAAAGAUAUUGUGAUGUGUUUAAACGAGUUUGGUACAUAAAAAGGGCCUUUCCCAGUUCUUUGUGUGAACUAUAGAAGUUUGUUGAAAUAAUUAUAGGCGUAGAAGGCAGAGACGAAAAUAGUUUUUCUUUCUUAACGGGAAUUUGUCCAGCUAAGUCACCAUUCAGAUUGGAUAACACUUGGUGCUCAUAUGAUCGUAGAACGUGUCCGUUUUGUUUUGUUUUCUUUUUUGUCCGUAAUUAGCCCGCUUCAUGUAGCUGAAAGUUUGUUUUGCUAGCGCCAAAUGAGCGGCAGAGCUGUGAAAGUGCGCGCAAACGAACAGCGAAGUUUCCGCGUUUUUUUCCUCGUAGCUUCGCCGCUUGCCAUUGCCACCAGCUACCCAGGCUAGUACUUCAUGAUCAAUCAGUCGUAUUGCUCCUCCCAGCUACAAGCUUACGCUCUUAACUAUUUCGUCCAUUCGCACGUUUGCUGUCUUAACGCUUAUGAAAGAAACUGAAACUGAGAUUUCCCACUGAAUUCAAGCCAGGUUCUUUUUUACCCGAUGAGCUUGUUCGUUCUAAUGCGAAGAUCAUCAUUAUGUUUCAUCUGUUACAGGUCAUUGCUGCUGAGGGAGAAAUGAAUGCAUCUCGUGCCUUGAAAGAAGCCGCUGACAUUAUUUCAGAGUCGCCUUCUGCCCUUCAGCUGCGAUACUUGCAGACGUUGACUACCAUCUCAGCUGAGAAGAAUUCAACCAUCAUUUUCCCCCUUCCCGUGAACUUUUUGUCCCGAUUUCUCCCAAGUGAAAGUAAAUGACUCGACUGGCGUUAUAAAGACAGGGAUGUCGAGUCUUCAGUGAUUCACCUUUGACGAUAUCCUGCGAGAAGUCUCUCUUUUUUUUUCAGAUUUAGUGAGGGGAGUGCGCGCGUAAGCGUCGAGCGGUGAAGCGGUGAAAAGACGCGAGAAACGACACGCGCGUGGUCAUUUUCGCGUCUUUCGCGUUUCGCUCGGCGGACUAAGAUAGAAGAGAGACUGCUCGUAGUCUACUUUGACGAUAGUUAGUGUUUUUAGACCCUUUCAAACCCAAAAGAAAAGAAAAAAGAAGCAUCACAUUUUUCUUUGGUAAAAUAUUGGAAACAAAAUAGUUCCGUAUGAAACUGAUGUUGAAUAAGUUCCAUUUUAAUGGACACGCCCUAAGACUUAACCAGACUCAAUUGCCAUGGAAAAUGACUGUAGAGUAGCAAUUUAGCCCUAUACAUAAAAGGUUUCUUUUGUCUCUAGAAGCUCGAAUCAACUAUUAUUGAACCAUUUGUGUACGUUUUUUUCCUUAAAUUCAAAGGACAGAGCUAGAAUUUCCUCAACUUUAGAAUCGACGAGUGAAAGAGUCUACUACAGCUUAUCAAUUAUGCAUUCUUUUGCAACUAAAAUUCAAAGGUUUUAUAGUUUUAGUUUUGAUCAAGAAUAUUGAAAUAGAAUGUCAAAGAUGUAUCAUCAGGAGCCCUAUUUGGACCUGUUACAGGUUUGAAUAGAAGAUAUGUUCGUUAAACUUGUUGCACUCAAGGAAAAAGCUUAUUGAUGAUGUAUUGCUUUGCAACUAAGCUUCAGAUCUAAUCAAGUGGGUAAAAUAUCAAAAGCUGAACAUGAUUUCAUUAUGAUUCAAAGCAAGACUAAAUGGUGGCCAGCACUCGCGUAGGUUGCAAGCUUGCUUAUCAUUCAAUGUUAAUUUAGAACCCAAACUUAGAGAUUCGCUGUCAUAGGUUAACAAGUAGAGUAGAAUGUAAAAAUUAUAUAGACCUGUCCACUAAGUUAUAAGAAAACUAUUAUUAUUUAGUCGCGAGUUUCACUAGCAGGUUAAUUGUAAUCUCAGCAGUAUUUCAACUAUUUCUCGUAGCUUCAACGUGUAGCUAUGCUUCGGCUUAUGAAGUGCAAACCGUGGUUUGUAGUCCUACCCCUUCAUUAGCCAUGCUACGGUUGUCCAAAGUGUUUCAAGUUGAAGAAAAGUAGUUUUAUUUAUGAACAGCGUGGUUCCACUGCACCCGGGGCUGUCAUGGAGAAAAUCUUUGAAUAACAAGUCCAUAUAACCCGACCCGAGAAUAAAGUGUGCGGCUUCUCUUAACGAGAUUCAAAUUUACAUUGCACUGGGGUGGAAUGGUAAUACUUGUACAUUAUGUUAAUGUAAGCAGUGUAUAGAAAAAUAAAACCUUUUUGUUGUUUUGCUCUCUUUCAUCUUCGAGUAAAAUUCAGUGCAAUUGUUGUUUAAUAUUCUUGGUGAGUAACGUUUCUCACACCUCAAACUCUAAAUUCUAACUCAACCUUUUUUGUGAACUCUGCCAAGUAAUCACAAAGUGUCCGGUAACCAAAAAGUAAUAAUAACAAUAAUAAACGCUACAAUGACAGAUUUUUUACCACCAAAUUUUCUGGAUAUCUUAACAGAAACAAAGAUUAAACACGUGGGGUAAAAUGACUUUGACCAAAUAUUAAGUACACUAUGCAGCAACUGAAUUUUGCGCUUUGGUGUGCGACACGAUCGUUACUCCAAAAAGUUAGGGAUAGCGAUUUUUGUUUUCACUACUAGAUCCCUACUUUUCUCGGGCUUUAUCCUUUUUUAAAGCAAAGUGUAUUCUCUUCGAGGUGGUUGGAACACACAGCGAGAGGUUUUAAGUAUAGAGUUUUGACUAGAAACAUUUGAUGUUUUAAAAAGGGUGUCUCUUGCGGGAGUUGGUGCCCUUCGAGAGGUCGUCGCACACGGAGGUUUGACCGUACAUUUGUCAGAUUUCAUCGAUCACAGUCAGCCCAGAAUCUAUGGUAGAAGAAAUUAGUUUCAAAGGCAACUGCUGCUGCGUUGGUUAGCGAAGUGAAACGCAAAACUUUGGUUUUAUCAAUCAAGUUGAGAUAAAUUCCCUUCGAGUUGCCCGCCCUUCGCCCAUACGACCAUUCGAAACAUGAACUUUCAAUUUCGUCUUGUUACUGCUUGUUACGGUGUUGAUAAGCUAAAUUUUGUCAUUGUGUCAGACUCUAUGGAGAACGCAUAGGAUAAACACCUGGAUGGCAAAAUACGCCCUAGAUCUGCCAAACGUGGAAAUGAAAAUGCCUUAUCUUGUCUGUUCCAGAGUGCCCCCGGUCUGUUUUGUGACUUGUUUUGUCUUUUCGUUUCUUAGACCGCGAGCGGUCCUCCUUUUCCCCUCAGAGCCAGGUGCGGGGAGGGAAAAAGUAAAAUUAUGCAAAUUAUCGAAAAUUAAUGGUCAAAAGGAGGAGAGAUUGAGGCGAAGAAAGGGAAAGAUUUAAGGACAACUGCGGAGGUGUCGUACCUUCCCCUCUCAAGCGUUCUGUGUCGCGCCACGCAAAAGAAAAAAGAGACUGAACGCAUUCGAUUAGUUCCCAGGACCGUUUGGCAUGAAAGCCACUUUGGAUCUAAAGCUAGCUUAAUAAACGCCUUUUAAAGUUUUUCAGAAAUUCUUUAUGAUAAAACAGCUCUUCAAACAAAUCAGUAGAAAAAUUCAUUUGACCAUGCAGUUACAAUGCUUAGCGUGUCGCUUAUAGUCUGACCAUUACUGAAAUUAAUUUAAAAAUUGCCAACCUAUGACGUUCCUCCUUCAAGUAUUAUUUGGUUUUCUAUUGGUUUUCUCAUUAUGAUAAAAUUUAAAUUACCAGUUCACAGGAGCCCGUCAUUUGCAAAUUGGAAGGCGUUUAUUUUAGUUUUAAAAUUAUACUCAGGUUCCAGUGAAAUCAUUUAGUCUUAAUACUCUCUUGUUUUUAACAGGAUCGAGUGCUUGCAAAUCAAUCUGUUUUUAUCAUUCAAUCGUGAAGACAUUUAUGAUACAGAUACGAAAAUUUUGUGCGACAGCGGUAAAACUGUUUAAAAAAAAGCUGAAAGCGUUUAAAAAUUGGACAGAUGGUUGACAAUGUGUACUUUCCCCUCCCUUGAAAGGAACGCGUGUGGCCUUUUAGCGCGGCCAAGGACCGAAACUCAGUGACACGCAUAAUUGGAGACGAAAAUUCAGUCUUCUUCUUCUUUGUGUUUCACACUGGCGGACUUCAAGCAACUUUCCCACAAUUCUGAACCUGGUAGUGGGCAAAUGGAUCGUGAAGGUGGGUGAAAUAUGGUUGAAUGGUAUCCUAAAAUAAUGCUGGCGAGGCCUGAUUUCCUGAUAUACACCACUCGUCCAAAAAGAAUCGAAAACGAACAAGCUUGGCUUCCGUGCAUGCAUGUAUCUUCAUAGCUCAAUUUUUUCUAAAAGCUUAUAUGGCUUAUAUAGUGGGAAUUAUUUGUACUUACGUAUAUUUUAAGUAAGUUUGUUGUGCACUGUGAUGGUAGAAAGCAAGGCGGUAUGAAUUUAGGAGUAACAUUUUGCCACUUGCAGCAUCGGCGUGAAAUUCAGAGUGUGAGGUGAAGACGAUAAAGAGACGAUAAAGCUUAUGUUUACCAUCGACAUGACGAUUACGUUUUAUGGUUGUAUAAAGAUUUAUUACUUGCUUACCAAUUGCCAGCUGAUAGUAGCACUUUGGAAGCGAAUUUUGUUUUCCAAGAGCUCUGUUUAUUUUGAUGAAGAAGCUUCCCUUCCAAAAUUAAAUGCACGCUUCAAAUCCAUCAGCUUAAAUUUGUUGUGGGACAAAAUUGAGUAAUUUAUAUGUUGCUAAGGUUUAUCAUAAUACUCUAAUCCAGACUUUUCGUGAAAGCUACCUUUUAAAUACGGUGAAAAGUUAAACUACAUGUACAAAUACAAUCUUUUUAGAUCAUAGAAACUUUUGUUUAUCACAGCUCGCAAGAGGCUUUUUGGGGGAGUUGUCUUUUCAGUUUUGAAUAUUAAUGUUAGAUACGUUAAUUUUUUUUCAAAAGAAGACAUUAUGGGAAAACAUUAUUAUCAUAAAUAACGAAAGCUAGCAGCUUAUAUUCUCGUGUAUAUGUUGUAAAUUUUCAUUAUAAAGAGCUAUUUUUCUUAAUUAGAUAAUCUUUUUUUUACCAAGAAAUUUUUCAUUUGGUGUGUCUGUAGCUACAGUCAACUGUCUUAAGAGAAACUUUAUUUAUUUUAAUUUUAUUUUAUUAUUUUUAUUAAAUUAUUUUCCCGUCCAUUCCUCCUCAUUUAUAUCUGUCUGAUAUACUAAAAUGUGGCUAAAGAAAUAUCAAGUGCAAUGAAAAAAAAGUGCUCCACCACAAGACUCGGUAAAGGUAUAUGAGAGAAUUUCUGUGGCCAUGUUUUAGCAAAUCCAGUCAGAUAUAUAUUACUGCGUAUCCCUCUCAUUUCUAAGCCAUCUUGUCUUUGCAUUUCCCCAAUACAAAAUAACACACUAAAACAAAGAAGAAUAGUUUAUUGAUACUGUUACCUUAACAGAGGUUUUAACUUACACAGCACUGUUAAAAUGACCUGGCAGCUGGCAAAUUUGCGGCUUUCCGUGGAAUAUUUGCUGCCUACUCUACAUUUAGGUUUAGUAAUGUUAAAUAAAAACUUUACACAAAUUUAAGCCUUUGUCACCUUCUACUCUGGUUAUCCUUCCUGCUAUUUUUAAACGUUUUGAUCGAGCUGCUAGUCACAUGCUUUUGGUUCAUAGUCCAUGAUUUCCACUAGACCAUACAAUACAAGGUGUAAAUUCCCUGAUUUUACUUUUGAUUUUAUUGUUAUUCCUUUUACAAUCCCAGGCUAACCCAGGUAAGGUGGCUCAAUACAGUUAAUUUUUCAGGGUCAAUAUCCUCCAAGUUUGAGCAUAGACUACGUCUCCAUAAACAAAGAGUUAGAAAAAUUGCCACCACAGUUGUAUUAGAUAAAGAUGAAAAUUUGUUAUGAUUAGGGUUGUAAUGACAUUGGAGUUGUCGUAGCAACGAAACGAUGCCAUUACCUAUUUCACUUGCGGCAAUAUUUUGUGGCACUGGGAACUGUUCUUCCAAAAUCGUGUAUGGGACCUUUUUCCUCCAGUUUUCUUCUUUAUCUAAUACAAUUGUGGUGGUAAUUUUUCCAAAACUUUGUUUAUGGUGACAUAAUUUAUGCUCAAACUUGGGAGGUAUUGACCCUGAAAACUGUAUAGAGCCACCCUAAUACAGUGUACCCGGUUAAAAAUUCACUGUAAAUAUUUCUGAGUUAAAAAGAUUUUUCCAGUUAAAAUUUAAAUUUAACUGGACAAAAAUUAACUGUGCCAUGCAAUAUUUUAAAAAAACAUUCUUUUGAUUUAUUGUUUUUGCUAUCCUUGGUGUUGAAGAGAGUUUUGUCUUAAAAUUUGAUUAGCAAUUUUCAGUUAGUGAAGAUGUAAACAUCGACCUACGAGGCAGCAACCAGGAUUAAAAGUUACUUGCCUCCUUGCAACCUUUUUUGGGGGUGAUUGGCAAAAUUUUGCCUAAUAAAAUUCUUGUUUAGACUUUAAUUUGUGCAAGUGAUGUGCGGACACAUGCACAAUAAAGUGAUAUGUAUGUUUAUUUUUUUACUUUAGAAGACUCAGGUGAAAGCAGAGGGGUGUGUGACUAUGUAUUGACCUUUCUGUCUGUUCUCCUGAUUAUCUGUACUAUCCCAUUCUCAUUGUUCUUCACAUUCAAGGUGAGACAUUAAUGGAAGCUAUAGAGUGUAAAACAUUACUGUGAAACUCAGAAAAUUGUAAACAUAUGAAGCAUUUCUGGAGUGCUUAUUGUGUUAUGAGCAUGCAGUCACAACAAAGAACAGAACAUGCCAGCAAACCGCAAGCUUAUUAAAUAACUGUUGCUACUUGCUGUUUAGUCUUCUUUUACCUGAUUGGCUUUGUCAUUGUAACACAGUAACAUUCCAGAAAUAUUCCUUGUGUUCAUGUUUUCCUGAGUUUCACAGGAAAUAAGUUAGUUUUGUUAUAAUAUUAUACACAGAUUUUGCUUCAACUUCAUGAACAUUGAGGCAGCUAUUGGAGGAAAAAGCUCCCAUGAAUGCUUUUGGAAGAACAGUUCCCAGUGCUGAGAAAUACUGCUGCAAGUUAAAUAGAUAAUGGCAUCAUUUUGUUGCUAUGACAACUUCGAUGUCAUGGCAAACCUGAUCAUAACACAUUUUCAUCUUUAUCUAAUGCAAUAUUGUGGUGGCAAUUUCUCCAAAUCUUUGUUUAUGGCGAUGUAGUUUAUGCUCAACACGGGAGGUAUUGACCCUGAAAAACUGUAUCGAGCCACCUUAAGGCUAUACCAAACUGACCCAAAGUUUAGUUUGAUGAUUGAAAAAAGCCUGCAACGACUAUAAAAUCCAACAGCUCAAAACACUAUUUAGUAUUACUGGUAUUAAUAGGAACUGACUGCUGCUAACAUUGGUUAUUCAAAGAUUUUUCAAAGUGUUGUUCUCAAUAACAUGUAACAAUUUUCACCAAAUAGAAAGUGUGAAUGUUUUUGAGGCGAUUCUCUUACUGUAACUUCGAAAGGCCCAUGUGCGGUUAGCCUCCCCGCAGACAUCCGUUGGGGUUCGUUUGUCAUGCAUUCAUUUCUCCCCCACGGACGUCUGCUAAACACGGCCGACAUGUACGUUCACCAAUCACAGGCCGUUUACGGAUUUUUGUAAAACGUAACCCGAGCCGCUUGUUAAGAUUCGCACGAUCAGUGAGGCUUUUGAUUGGGUGUGGAAGAAAUUUGUAAUUAAUACAGAGUUAAACAAGUAUCAGAGAGAAGCUAUCCUGCAAAUUUUAUUGCGAAGACCGAUGAGUUCAUAAAUUUCCCGACGGGAUUUCGCAAAUCGCUUAUCUAUCAAGCUUUGCCGCUUGUUUGCGGCACAGUGCGUGGAACUACUGGCCAUUAUUGUUGUUGUUUUUUCACUCCUGGUAAAUCUUAUGAAAGAUCAAGCUACAAAGCUGGAAAAUAUUGGUAUUCCUCCUGUAACACUCAGUGAUAUUAGCGAAGACAAUAUAAGGGUUGUUGAGAGAGAAGGGCUUUCUCUGUUGUUUAUGGAAGCCCCUUUUCCGAGCAUGAUUGCAAAAACUAUACAGCUGACUACAGCUUUAUUGUAUAAUUUCUGUGAUUUUUUCAAAGCGUUUGAGUCGUCUCAGGUAGAAGAUAGCUGUGCAAAUAAAUAAUUCACUUGAAAAAUACAAAGACACAUCAAUGCCCAGAGCACGUUUGAUGAGCCUUGCGAUGUCGACUGUGCUUUUUCGAAAUACAUGAACUUGGUCCUUUGCUAAAUUACAGCUGCAAAGAAAACAAGAAAUUCGCUUCUUACAACUUUCUCUGGAGUCUCAUCCAUGCAUAGGCAUGGAAUAAAUAUUCCUCUAAAACAGUGAGAAAUAAUAAUUAUUCAUAGGUACCAUUUCACUUGUAUCACAGCUUGUUAUUGGCUGAUCAUGACACAAUAACUAACCGCUAAUUGGCUUAUUCAAACAAACAAGAACGUAAAUAUCGGUUGUGCUUAGCAGAUGUCCCUGGGGUAGAAAUGAAUGCGUGACGAACGAACUCCAAAGGGCGUCUGCGGGGAGGCUAAUGUGUGGUAUGCUUCCCAAAAGUAUUGAUAGAAAAAGGUGCAUAAUCUGAAAGCAGUACUGGGGGAUUUGAGGUCUGAAGGAAACAAGCUACAAUGUAGGCAAAAAGUGUUGAAAUUUUGGCACUUUCCUACCCACAGGAUACCCAUGCUGCCAAUUUUCCAGCACAGCAACCGCUCCUUUCACCCAACGCUUCCCCCCCCCCCAACACCAAAAAAAAAAAGGGUCUAGCUGGACUUCAACAUUGUUUUUUUGGGGGGAAAGGGAAGGGUCUAUAUAAUCAGGAGUGCUUUAAAGAGCUGUUUUUUUUUUAAAUUGGACUUACAGCAUGCAUUAAUUUUUUCAUGACAUUUUGUCCAAGAUUGUAGCCUGUUUGAAGCUUGUCAAGUUGCUUCCUUGUCACCAUCAAGACAGAAAAAUGUGAAACUACCCAAAUGUUGGUACAAGUUCAGCACCACAUAAGAGUAUAAUCUUCCAGCUGUUACAGCUGAGCUUUCCAAGUUUACGCAAACAUUUUUGGAUGAAAAAGUGACUGAGGCACUGCAUCUAAACUGCUUUUUCACUGAAAUUUUCUAGUCAGAUUAACAAGAUUGUUUGCAAUUUCUCUGGCCCAUCGGAGUCGAUCUCACGCUUUUAAGUAUUGUUUAAGACCUUUUAAGAUCUCUUUCUUGAAUUAAGUUAGCUGUCAAAGUUGUCUUUGACUUUGGCAAUCAAAGGUGACAAUUUCUUAAGGGGUAAAGGAACAUGGUUCCCCAUGGGCAGUUGUCUGAGUGUUUUGGAUUGAAUCUAUCCAAAACAUUCGACACAUUUUUAGAGCAUGUCAUUGUUAGAGCAUCUGACUAGUGUACAGAGGGUCGUGGACUGGGGAGGGGGGACUCCCAUAUAAAAGUGACAGGGAUGCUCAUUGUCUCGCUAAGGGGUAUAAAUUGCAGAUUUUGGUCUCACUUAAGGGGUCAGUAUAUUUGCCCAUUCAGGUAUCACUUGGGGCUGUGCAUAAAGAAAUUUACAAAAAAUGCCAUAACACCGUUCACACAGAAAUCUCCUUUAGAGGUCAGUUUAAGCUUGAGCCACACCCACAUUAGUCUCCCUUAGGGGUGUAAUUUUAAUUUUCUGAUGAGCACCCCUGUCACUUUUAUAUGGGAGUCCCUCCACCCCAGUUCAGUUCCCAUCGAGAACUCACAAUUUUUCUCUGAGUUCUUCUCUCCAGCACAUAUCAUUAAUUUGUUCUAUUGAUUAUUUUAAGUAAUAGGCCAUUUGCAUAAUGACAUCAAAUGAUGUUCAUUUUUCCCUUUAUUUUUAAAGUUGGCAAUUUCAGCGAGGUUGAAAACAACAAAAGCCUUAAUUUACACAAGAAAGCAACACAUUGAAGCAUUGUGGGAGUAGUUGUAAAAUUUUAUUUAUGUUAUCUUGCUAGUGGCUUAUUGAAUUUUUUAUUACUAAUCACUGACUUCAGUAGUGAUUUAUUUCUAACAAGUUUUACUUCACGAAACAGAUUGUGCAGGAAUAUGAGAGAGCAGUUAUUUUCCGUCUUGGCCGACUACUCCCUGGAGGAGCAAAAGGACCAGGUAUGCCAUUUUAAGCUUAUGAUAAUUUCUUAAGUUCUACAAAAUACAUUAAUUACUAGAAACAGAUCUUUUUUCUUUCCUUUUUAUUGAGCUUACUGGCUCCAUAAGUAGCUCGUGUCUGAGAAUGAAUGGAAGGUCAUUUCUGUUGUCCUGUUCAUUACGGAAUCGCGCCUGUAGAUACGCGUCGCUAGUAAAUGCAAAUUUUUCUGUCAAUCAAAUGUGUCCUAUUAUUCGUAGGUGGAAAUUGGUAAAACAUCGUUAUUGUUUUGGAGACAAUAGAAGAACAAAAGAUAACAGAAAGAUUAAGUUAUGCGGUCUUAAAGCGUGUUGCGUGACUUAAAUCAGUUGGAGCAUUUCUCCUAGCUUUCCCGCAUUAAAACGUUGGAAUGAAAAGUCUGAAGCUUAGCUUUUAAAAUGUUGAUAGCCAAAAUAAAAGGGGUGCCCCAAAAGGCAAGCAUUUGGGAAUUCAAAAUCGAUAUUUUUGUCUCCAGCGAAAUCCGGCGGAUGAACAGUAAUUUGCAUGUAAGCGUAAGUGAUGCGAAAUAGAUAAUUGCCGCGGUUGUAAACACAACGUUUCCUCGAAGUUUUUUUCCUUUUGAAAGCGUAAAUUCGCAUGAAAGAGCUCAGCUUGCACAAAAUAAUAUAAAAUGAAACGAAUCAAAUCGAAACGUGGUAAAAAAAAAAGUCAGGAUAUUUCAGUUCGAUGGAAAGUAAGUGAUUGGGUAGGUGAUUUGCAUACUGAUAAAAAUAACGUCUAGAGCAGUUCAAAACCGUUCGGCUUCCUGAAUUGUUUUCCUGGAAUUCUACACAUUCUGCUGGCCUAAAUGGAUAAAAUAUGUUAUGAAGUCAAAAUAUUUAUCAAGUUGCGCGUUUCAUUUUUUUAUCUAUAGAUUUUCUUAAGUUAAAGAUCGUGGAAACAAUUUUAGUCUUGAAUCAAAAGCGACAUUAAUCAUGAGCGCGCAAAAAUGGGAAUUUUCGACACGGAUUCGUUUCGUAAAGUUUGAAUGUGUAACCUUCGGACCAAAAGGUGCCAAGUUCAAUACCUGCUAUCGCCCUUUUUUGCAAGAAUUUAAUAGAUUCUUUUUCUUCUUCUUUUUAUAAGACCAACAAUUUUAUGUUAUAAAAGCACAUUAAUCAUUUUGAAAAUAAUUCUAUUCAAAAGAAAUUUAGCAAAAAGGUGUGAAUGCAAGCCCUAGGAUUUCAAAUCCCAUGGAUAACAAUUUUUCAGUUCCGUGCCCAGAGAUCAGGGGAAACCAUCUGUAACAAUUUUUUGGUUCCUUGAAAAUUCAUUGGCACACAUUUUUAUUUCUUUUAAUGUACAGAAACAUGUUGUUAAACAUACUUUAAAAUUAAAGAACAUCAGUGUGUACUAUUAUUAAUUUACAAAAAACUUCAAUGUUUAUUAAAAUGUCAGAAGAAGGUCAAUUUAAGUGUUAAAUGUGUGUGUGCACUGAAAUGUCAAAAACUCCAGACUCCUCCUCGUUCCAACUACUCACUUGAAAUGUUUGCUACAGAUCUCGUCAUUUGACUUUAAGAGAUUCAGGCCUCAUCAUCAGUUGCAAUGGUGAAAUUGUCACUAAAGGACUAAACUGUUGGAGUAAUAUUUUUUUCUUGGCACUGGAAGCCAUAACAAUUGCUGUUUUUAACAGUAAAACAUCUUUCAUGCGUGAGUCAUCAGUAAUGUGCAGUGCAUGGUGGUGGACAAUAGAAAAUUGGUAACUUUUUUUAAAAUUUCGUAUAUACGCAAGCUCUACUAGUUGAGAAUCCGAGUGGAAAAAUACUUUAUUUGUGUAUUUUAAUCCCUCCUAUUAGUGUCAAUAUAUAUUAGGAUAUGUCACUGGGAAACUACUUUUUGGUUCCGUUAUUUGAACUUAAGAUCACGGUAACAACACUGUACUGGAAACGAUCGUUAUCGUGAAAUCCUUGGGCUUGUAAUAACCCUUAAACUCUAAUAUCAAAGUUGUUGCCCCUAAACAUUUCCUACACAAGUAGUGGGAAGAUGUUAUACAUUCACGAAUGUGUACUUAAUUAUAUUCUUUUGCUGAACAUUUAAGGGGGUUUUAAAAAGAUUGAAUAGGAUAUUAUGCACAGUUAUUUUAAAAACAUUAGCUGUACAUGUUUAGCUUAUCUUUCAAAAUUAAUAUCAUAUUAAGGAAAACGUGCUCCGUUUUUACUUACGAUAUUUCUUAAAUUGGAUUAGCCAGAUAAUUUCUUUGCAAAUAUUUCCAUCCAUUCAUAUUUUGCUUAAUGUGUUGUUUGAGUUUUAGUAUUAACGAAUAUUUUUGAAUGGCUGGUUGUAGUAUUUCGUAUAAAUUUGAAAAUCACACUGUGGGAAAAUAUAUGCAAACACGAAACUGUUGCUUUUAAUAUGUAAACCUUCAAUUUAAAUGGUAAAUAAAGGAUGAUGGUACAUUUUAAGCUUGGUGAAGAAAUGACAAAUGAUGUUAUCAACAUGUCAUGAGCAUGGGACAAGGAAAAAAGCUGAGUUUCCGACAGGAAUUGAACCUAUGACCUUCUGUACACCAGUCGGAUGCUCUAAGCACUGAGCUACAAAGGACCCUUCGUGAGCUGGGCCAUACACAAGGUUCAUGUAUGACAUGCGUCUUGCGUGCUGCUAGGAUCAGCAGUGUUGAAACUGGAGAAAGGGUCUGUUUCAAUCUACACUGAGAUGGAGAACUUCUUAUUCAGCAAAAAGAUACUUUAGUACGAAAAAAACUUUUAAUGUAUGAAAUAAAAUCCUUGUCAAUCCCACUGUCAGUUUUUUUAACAUCUUCGCUUGUCAGGUUAUUUAAUUGUGACUUCCACUUUGAACAUUUCUGAGCAAAAUUAAAUAUUUGGAAUGUUUUUAUUUCUCAGGAUUGUUUUUCAUCCUGCCCUGUAUUGACUCAUACCAGAAGGUGGAUCUCAGGACAGUGUCCUUUGAUGUCCCACCUCAGGAGGUAUGUGGAUAAUUAACUGGCUGUUUCACUUAAAAUGAGACUAUACAACAUCUUUUUUUUGUAAACCAUAUUUUCUUUUGUUGUUAAGAAAACAAAGUAACAAAAACCACAUUCCAAAACAUAGCUCUACCCUUUUUUUAUCAGCAUUAAGCUGCCCUUGUCAGGAACAAGUGUAAUUUUUGUACUGGCGCUUUGUUACUAUUAUUAUUAUUUUUAAUUUUGUUUUUUUAUUGUUUACAUCUAAAGAGCAGUUAGGGUUCCUUUCACUUUUGUUAGAUCUUGAUUUAGCCAAGAGACAAUUUUUGUGGCCUUAUAAAGUUGAUAAUGAUGUAUUGUUUGAUAGUAGGGUGUCAGGCAGUACAAAGACUUGAAGCCCAAAGAAAAUAUGUAGAAAAAUUUUUGUACACAUGAAGAAUUGUAACAAGAAUAAUCUUGAAAUAUUUAUAAAUAGUGUGUAAGAAGUUUUCAUGAAGAAACUGUGUUUUGAUGGCCGUAAGUUUAUAUAUUAAUGUUUUAUUAUCUGAUGAUACAAUCACUGAGUUGGUGGUCAUCAAGGGUAUCAUAACAUAGCUAGAAUAUUCGCCUAAUCGAAUUCAAUAGCUCGAGCGUGCUACAUAUUGCCAUUGAGCACGCUGAUGACGUUCAUAAACUAUACCUCGAGUUCUUUUGAGCUUAGCAGUUCUCCCAAGAUGUCUCCCAAGUGCAUGAUCCCUAACUCAGUACAUUUUCAGUAUAUUUUCAGUGUAAUAUAUUUCAGCCUACUUGUAGUAUGUUCAUGGGGAGGGGGCAUUCAUUCAAGGGUCACUUGCUUAAUUCGUAUUUUGGUUUGACAGUGGUGUAAUAGUGCAUCAAAGUGGUGCAAGUCUGUCAGUAAAAUAAAUUGAUUUUAACUUGCGUUGUCUUGCAAUUUUCAUCACUAACAGAUUUUGACAAAAGACAGUGUGACUGUUGCAGUGGAUGCUGUGGUAUAUUUCCGCAUAUCAGAUGCAACUACAUCUGUUACCAAUGUGGAAAAUGCUAAUCGCUCCACUCGGCUGCUGGCACAGACCACCCUGCGCAAUGUGCUUGGGACUAAGAACCUGAGUGAGAUCUUAGCUGAUCGGGAAGUAAUCAGUCAUACCAUGCAGGUAAGAACAGCCAAGGAUUCAAAGAAGGAGCAAAUCCUCUAAGCAUGUUAACCCUCUAUUUUUGUGACUGAGUGCUGCAUUAAUUUUAAUAUGAUGGUGGUUAAUUAAGGGGGCACCUUUUAAGGCUAUGUGAAGAAUUUUGGACUGCUUUCAAAAGAAAGUUCGUGAUUUUAGGUGUUCCGUUCACACCAAAACCACCUUAACCUUUGCAGAAAAACACAUGAAGGGUGGGUGGGACAGGUCAGGCAAUGGUGGAUGGCAAAAAAAAAAAACUGGAACUGUGAAACACCACAUGACCUGGAGACCUCCUGCACACUUGAACCCAUACUCUCGGCCACGUGUGAGAAAAACCUUUUCUGCUUCAUUCUUUCCUCAGUCAGCAGAAAACUACACUUCUCACACACAACUGGGAGCCAUGCCAUUCCGACCAUGCAGGUCACACAAUGGCAGAUAGCAGUUCAAAUAUACUCACUUAGUGAGCUCUGAAACACCACAUGACCUGAAGACUCCCUGCACACUCGAACCCAUACUUCAAGUUGUGCAGGAGAAAAACGUUUUUGGCUUCAUUCAUUCCUCAGCCCAAACGUGGGUUGUACAUCAAUCCCCCGAGGCCUUUAUUCUACAAAACAUCCUUUUUCUCUUGUGAAAACAGCCUCAUAAAUUAUUUUGUCCAUUCAAUGCAAAAAAAUGGUCCUUUGACGGGGGACACCAUUGGGAUUGGGAGUGACUUCUGACCCUGAAGGCUCAAAUUCAAGAUGGCGGAAAUGAAAAUACACUCAAUCGUAUUAAAUAUCUCCUGACUGUUAACACAUUCAUCAAAAGAUAUCCUUAUUUUAAUGUUCUGUACCAGUUUGGGACAUUAAUGUAAAGUUAAUGUAGGCUGCAUCUGUUGAACUGUGGUAGGGAGAAAACUUCUAUUUUUUUAGAAUUUUCAUUCCAGAAUUUCCAGGAAUCAUAAUGAUUCCCUCUGUAACCAGCUGUACUGAAGUGCAGAAGUAGAGUCAUUUGAAAUAUUUUGGCGUAACAUAAGCCAAAUUGGGCAUAUUUGUGAACCCUGCCAGUAAUUCCCAAAAAAAGGGGAAAAAGGGAAAAUCUGAAUGGCAGGGGGGUUUACGAUUAUAGGAUUCAGAGGGCACGGGGAUAGCACAUUUCGGAAAUUCUGAAGGCAAGGGGGUUGAAAUAUGGAAGCCGUCUGUGAUAUGGAUUGGAUGCAGUAGAACCCUGACAACUCGAACUCGGAUAACUUAAACUCCCUGCUAACCCAUAGUAAGUCCAAUUUCCCUUGGAUUUCACCCCACUUUCCAGUCAUUUUUCCUUUGGUUAACUCAAACUUGGAUAACUCAAAUUCCCUGCUAACUCGAGUGAAAUUUCCUUUCCCUUGAUCAAAAAGUCACUAAAAUUUACUCCGAUAACUCAAAUUCUGGUUCUCAGGGGUAUCAAUAAGCACCGACAGCUGACCAAACACGUUGACUACUUUACUCAUACAAAGAAUUGGCUACUUUUUUCUAGAAAGAAGAAGCAACUAGUUUAAAUAACGUUGUAAAAAAAAACAUAUCAUAAAAUCUGCAAUAAAACGUUCAGUCAAUUUUUUACAAGUUUCUUUAUAGGUUUACGCAGAAUUUUUUUAUGUGCAAAAGUACUAAUAUAAUUUUAUUGUGUGACUGUGUGAUAAAAGCUACAUGUUCUUGAAUGAAAAACACACUCUUUUGUCCUUAAUUUAGUCUCCAGAACACUGAAAAUCGCGUUUAGGGCCUUGAAAUUUCAAAAUUUUCUGUGGAAACAUGCCUCCAGACCCCCUCUCCCCUCCCCCCUUCCCCCUUGAUACAGUCAGUUACUCUAUUCAAACCUGCUGGCUUCUUCAAUUUUUAUUGAAACCCCUGGGUUCUUUUAACUCCCCUCGGAUGCCAUCUCUUCUUGUUGAGGUAAAAAACACUAGAACUAACAAAGGUCAGCACUAAAGCAAUUUGAUUUUAAUUGGUGAAACUAAUAGAUCACGUUUCAUCAUAAACGAUGCCUAACCAUGUUUCAGUUUCCGAUGAAAUAAUUUAAUAAAAUAAUUUGCUCUGCAACAUGCACUGAAGUACUGAAAAAUCAGAACUAUCAACUGUUAACGUGGCAAAUUGAAUUUUGCAAUCGACCCCAACAACUCAAACCCUCGCUAACUCAAACUGUUUUUUGUUUCCCUUCAGAGUUUGAGUUACCGGGGUUCUACUGUAUUUUCUGGAGUUACCCAAUAGACUUCAAGGCAAAGAAAUCUCACAUGCUCUUUCCUCACUAUUAAACUUAAAAUUUCUUUUCAUACUCCCAAUACAUUUUACUUUUAUGUUAAUUGGUUUAUUGUAGUCAUCACUGGAUGAAGCCACUGAUCCUUGGGGUGUGAAGGUGGAGCGUGUGGAAGUGUGAGUUGACAUGUUUUUUACGUAUGUGUCCUUUAAGGUUUUCAAUCGGUGAUCAAUUUAUUUAACCCUUUUAAGUCCCAAUAGUGACCAACAUCAAGUUUCUCCCAACAAUAUCCAUAUGUUGCCAAGAGAAAUGGUUAUGAGAGUUAAUAAAAUGACCAGUAAAGAGGAAAUGCUUUGAUCUGUUAUCAAGCUCUCUCAACUAAUUCUUUAAAGAAAUGUAUGAAGAUCAAUAUGGAGAAUUUAUAUGUGGAUAUUGGGGCUUAAAGGGUUAAUACUGGUAGGUAUUUAUCAAUGAUUGCCCGUCACCACUAUUUUUAGCUACUGUAGAUGAUCAGUCUAAAUUCUGUCAGUGAGAAGCAAGCCACACCGCAGGGAGUUAUAAGUGGAGAAUACCAGUUUUUAUUGUUGUAUUGUACACUAAUAUGUAAUGGCUGCUAACAAUAAAAUUGUUAUCCAUUUUCUGUUGUUGUACAGGAAGGAUGUUCGUCUUCCUCAACAGCUGCAGCGAGCCAUGGCAGCUGAAGCAGAAGCAUCCCGGGAGGCUCGUGCAAAGGUAGUUAUUAUAUAUUUCUCUUAGAUUCAUUGUCAGAAUCUGGCAAUGCUCUUUAAAAAGUGAUUAUAGGUGAAGGUCUCCUGACAGACAAUCAGAUCAGCUUACAGCUCUACGUACAGCUGCUGCCAUGACAAAAGCCCAUAUUGAAUUCUCAUACAAACUCUUCAUUUUGCUUUAGGCUCUUUUUAUCAUGGUUGGUCAACUGUACUACUUCUUAUUCUGACUGAGUUCAGACAGGAUACACAUGCAAGCAAAUUAUUAUUGAUCUUUUGCAUCUGAAACAGAAGGCCAUGAAGUGCUUGACCUAUAAACAGUGUUUUGGCCAGUUCUGGCUCUUUAAAGCCAGAAAGCAGCUGGACCAUCUUCAAAAGGGAUUUUUUGGAAAAGAUUCUUUGGGGCAAAUGGUUUUAACACUGUCUAACCCUUGAAUCUUACUAUUAUAUUUUAGGUCAUUGCUGCCGAGGGAGAGAUGAAUGCAUCUCGUGCCCUGAAGGAAGCCGCUGACAUUAUUUCAGAGUCGCCUUCUGCCCUUCAGCUGCGAUACUUGCAGACGUUGACUACAAUCUCAGCUGAGAAGAAUUCCACUGUCCUGUUCCCUCUUCCUGUUGACUUUCUGAGCAGGUUUCUGCCAGACAAAAAGGGCUGAAGUCCUGGAAAACUUACAGCCAAACUGACACCCUUUAUUAUACACAUGCUUCAGUAGACCAUUUAAUUUGUAGGUUUUGUCCGCCGAAUAUCUUUGUUCAAUAUUAUUGCUACUAUUAUAAACAGGAAAUAUUACUGUGAAAGAAAAUUUUGAUUCCUUGAUAUACUGCUCUAGGAUUAAACUCCUUUCCAUAAGAAGCAUCAUGGUACCUUUGUCAUUAAUAAUUAAUGACAAAGUUACAAUAAUUUAUCAGUCAGUGAUAAAUUAUUUUAACUACCAACACAGUAAGCUUUUGUGAUAUUAUGGUCGCAUUUCGCUUAAAUAUGUACUCGAGCUGCUGGAAUAUCAUCUCCAUAGUUCCUGUCUAGGGACAGGGCCAUGCUCUGUUUCUCUGUUACCAUUUUUAUCCCUUUCUUGAGGGUGUGGGAAUGACCAAAACUGUGGAUAUUAAUUUCAAUUUCAUAGACAUUUUGGCAUGUUUCUUUUACAACAGUUCUAGGAAUGAUGUAAGUAGUAAUAUUAAGGCAUUGCCUGCUUGUGAUAGCACCAACAGUUUUUUUGUCUCAAGAAAUUUUUUCAGUUUAGUUAUGUAUCCUAUUAGGGACAUUUUUAUUUUCAGUGGUCUGUUAAACUUGAACCCUCCACGCAGACACCUUCAUAGAUGAGCUGUAGCCAAAGGGUUUUCGUAUCGAAGUCUAUGCACUUGACUUGCGUUUCCAGAUAUACUCUGGAUAACAAAACCCAGGUAUACUGUACUGUGUGUACUUUCCUUAUUUACUCUUGAUAACAAUAGCCAGAUGUGCUAGUUGUUUUUAGUUGAGCUGGCACAUAAGAAAAUUGGGUGCAAGUUAGAUCUGCAUUUACAAGGGAGGCAAUCUUGGCCUUCUGAUCUUACUUGCACAUUUUAUUUCCUAUGCUUGUCAGACGACUUGUAAACCAGCAUUGUAGAGGAUAAUAAGCAAGUGCUGCUGGGUAUCUUGUUUAGACAUCCUAUUUUUUCUUUAAAAUGUCAGAUUACCACCCUGUUCCAGGAAUUCAUAUAGUGGAGAUUGGCAGAAACUGCGGAGAGAAAAGAAAGCGAAAGAGAGGGAGAGGGAGAAAAGAGAGAACGCCUUCUCUUCUUUUCCUCCCUCCUGUUUAUCUUGCUCACGUCUCUUUUCCCUUCUGUCUGUAUGAACACCUGGAACAAUUACAGUGGAACCUUGAUAUAACGAAACCUUGGUGUAGCGAACAAAUUUUGCCUGUCCCUUGGCCCUUCAUUAUAUCGAGGUUCCACUGUACAAGUUACUCUCCUUGCUAAAGGAAAUCUAAUUUUAGGUUAGAAUUUCUAAUUUUCCAUUUUAUAAUAAUAAUUUUGUCAUUUAAUGUUGCCUUAUAAGUAGAGAAAGAUGUCCAUAUUGUAUUUACAUGCACUGCAUUUGUAGCUAUUAAAAUACAGCAAAAUUGAAGCAUAG